GUCGGGCGUGACUCGCCGCCGGGCUUGAAGGAGGCAGCGCCUGGAGGUGAGGGGAGCGCGGCUGGGCUGGCGGAGGUUUUUCAGUAGAGACUGUGGAACUGUUUUUCCUUGGCUCCUGCUCCAUGAGAUCAACUAUGGAACAUGCUCAAGAGCAUGAAGCAUGUCUUGAGCAAACCCAGAAGUAUUGUGUGGAGAGACCAAUAUAUAACCAAGAGCUCUUGCAAGGACAGCUGCACAGACGAGAAAGAACACCUCAGACUUUGAGGCAGAAGAUUGCACAUUCUUGUCGUUGUUCUUCUAAGAAAGCCAAGUCUCAUCUUUACAGUUUCUUACCAAUUUUAAAAUGGCUUCCCCGUUACCCAGUGAAGGAAUACUUACUAGGAGACAUCAUCUCAGGUAUAAGCACUGGGGUUAUGCAGCUUCCUCAAGGUUUAGCCUAUGCUUUGCUGGCAGCUGUUCCCCCAGUAUUUGGCCUAUAUUCUUCAUUUUAUCCUGUCUUUCUAUAUACUUUUUUUGGAACCUCCAAGCACAUAUCAAUAGGCACCUUUGCUGUGAUUAGUAUGAUGGUUGGUGGUGUUGCUGUGAGACAAGUGCCUGAUGAAAUAAUUUCUGUAGGCUAUAAUUCUACUAAUGUUACGGAUUCCCUUGAAUAUUACCAUGCUAGGGAUACCAAGAGGGUACAGGUAGCUGUGACUCUCGCCUUUCUUUCAGGAAUUAUCCAGUUGUGUUUAGGUCUCCUUCGAUUUGGAUUUGUAGCCAUCUAUUUAACGGAGCCUCUGGUGCGAGGGUUUACUACUGCUGCUGCGGUUCAUGUCUUUACUUCUCAAUUAAAGUAUCUCCUUGGCAUUAAGACUAACCGAUACAGUGGACCCCUCUCAGUUGUAUACAGCAUUGCUGCUGUGCUUUCAAAAAUAACAACAACCAAUAUUGCUGCACUGAUUGUUGGAUUAACGUGCAUUGUUCUGUUGUUGAUUGGCAAGGAAAUCAAUCUCCGGUUUAAGAAGAAGCUUCCAGUUCCUAUUCCUAUGGAGAUCAUUGUGGUAAUUAUUGGCACAGGAGUUUCAGCUGGAAUGAAUCUGAACGAGUCAUACAGAGUGGAUGUUGUUGGCAAUAUUCCUCAAGGGUUACGUGCACCAGCAGUUCCCGAGAUUCAGCUCAUCCCAGCAAUAUUUGUGGAUGCGAUAGCAAUAGCAAUAGUUGGAUUUUCGAUGGCUGUAUCAAUGUCCAAGAUCUUUGCCCUUAAACAUGGCUACACCAUUGAUGGGAAUCAGGAACUUAUUGCCUUGGGAAUAUGCAACUCUGUGGGGUCAUUUUUCCAAAGCUUUUCAAUCACUUGUUCAAUGUCUCGGAGUCUUGUUCAGGAAAGCACUGGUGGAAAAACUCAGAUUGCAGGUGCUCUCUCUUCAAUUAUGGUUCUGUUGGUAAUUGUGGCUAUUGGAUACCUCUUUGAACCACUUCCACAGACAGUGCUAGCUGCAAUUGUCAUGGUGAACCUGAAAGGAAUGUUUAAACAGUUCGGAGAUGUCAUGCACUUCUGGAGAACCAGUAGGAUUGAGCUGGCCAUCUGGGUCGUAGCUUUUGUGGCUUCUCUUCUCCUGGGACUAGACUAUGGUUUGCUUACCGCAGUAGCGUUUGCAAUGAUAACUGUUAUUUACAGAACGCAAAGCCCUCAAUACAGAAUUCUUGGUCAGAUUCCCAACACUGACAUCUACUGUGAUGUGGAAGAAUAUGAAGAGGUUAAAGAAUAUCCUGGAAUAAAAAUAUUUCAAGCUAAUGCAUCACUUUAUUUUGCCAAUAGUGAGUCAUAUACAAGUGCACUGAAGAAGAAGACUGGAGUGGACCCUUGUGCCGUAUUGGCAGCAAGGAGAAAAGCCCAGAAGAGGCACACCCGGGAAAUAAAGGCAGCAAAUGAACUUAGAAAGAAAGCUGUACUGAAACUAGUGAAUUCUUCGACUAAUGACGUGGAAGCAAGCGUAAAACAUGAGAUAGCAAAUGAUGAGUUACCUGUAAAUGGAAAAUUUGCAUCUGCAGAUGCUAGUGUACAAGACAAGUCUCCUGAUGAGCACGAACAUUUUGUGGAGCCCAAACCAAACAUCCACUCUUUAAUUCUGGAUUUUACACCAGUGAACUUUGUGGAUUCAGUUGGAGCAAAAACAUUAAAAUCAAUUAUAAAAGAAUACAAGGAAGUUGGUGUCUGUGUCUGUAUUGCCAGCUGUAGUGGCCCUGUUAUGAAUGAACUGACAAGACUGAAAUUUUUUGAUAACACUGUAACAAGAGAGCUGCUGUUUCACAGUAUUCAUGAUGCUGUACUUGCUUGCCAAGUGAAAGACAGGUCUGCUUCACAGACUAACUUUGACCUCUGAAGAGUGGCAUCAAGCAGAAUGGAAGCCAGAUUUAUGCUGAUGGAGACUCUUUCUGAAUAUUUAAUUUGCACAGUUUAAAGAGAGCCUAAGGCUAUUUGUAUCUACGGGUAUAGGAUGGUGCUUAUUUUCUGUAGGAAGAGUGAAUAAGGAAUUGGAAGCCUUCAUGCUCUUGAAUUUUUUCCUUCAAUCAGGGUAUAUCCUUCCAAAACAUAUGAGCACAAAAUUAUGCAAGACAAAAAAAUUGAGUGUAUUCUGCUACAAUCAGAAUCCAAUAGACAGGGUGACAUUCCUACUCCUGUUGAGAAAAUGGGCACUUUAACUCACUACGAGGUGGGAUCUUGCAGGAAAUAACUGUUCUGCAAUUGCAAUGCACUGUACCAGUGUCUUUAAAGAACUUCUGGAUUACUUUUAAAGCCUGAUGUCAACAUCUACACACAACAGAUUUAUAUAAAUUAAAUUAAUCUGCCAGCUGGAUUAAUGAAUUCACACUGGUGGUGUUUAGCUGCUGCACUUUUUAAACCUGGAUGGUACAGUUAAUUUUUUAAAUAUCUAACCUGUCUCAACUAUACUCAGCUCUUUGUUGCCUUAACGAUUUCACUCUAAGUGAACUUCAGAUUAGAAACCCAUUGUUUAGUUAUUACAUUAUCAAUAAUGGUACAUUCACUGCCAAAACAAAAUUAUACUUUCUACAAAAGAAUAGUUGAUUUUAAGCUAAAAUUAGUUUAGCUUCAAAGUGUGAAGACAAAACUGGUUUAAGGCAGGAGUGAAGCCUUUUAAAAGUAAAUUAUGAACUGAUGCCCUAUAUGCAAUCUUGUCAGAUGGAAUAAAAAUGUAGACAGGGUCUAAAGUCUCAGUGGUCUA